AUUGACAAGCAACAAACGCCGAGCGCCGGGCUGCGCUGGAGCCGCCCCAAGCCAGGGGCUCCCCGGGGCGCAGGAGACACAUUUGCAGCCCUCGCUGACCUCACCAUGCCAGUUGCCGCCACCAACUCUGAAUCCGCCAUGCAGCAGGUCCUGGACAAUCUGGGAUCUCUCCCCAACGCCACGGGGGCUGCGGAGCUGGACCUGAUCUUCCUUCGAGGCAUUAUGGAGAGUCCCAUAGUGAGGUCCCUGGCCAAGGCCCACGAGCGGCUGGAGGAGACGAAGCUGGAGGCUGUGGGUGACAACAACUUGGAGCUGGUGCAGGAGAUCCUGCGGGACCUGGCCCAGCUGGCCGAGCGGAGCAGCGCGGCCGCCGAGCUGGCCCGCAUCCUCCAGGAGCCCCACUUCCAGUCUCUCCUGGAGACGCACGACUCCGUGGCUUCCAAGACCUAUGAGACCCCGCCCCCCAGCCCUGGCCUGGACCCCACGUUUAGCAGCCAGCCGGUGCCUCCGGAUGCGGUGCGCAUGGUGGGCAUCCGCAAGACGGCUGGCGAGCAUCUGGGCGUGACGUUCCGAGUGGAGGGCGGUGAGUUGGUGAUCGCGCGCAUUCUGCACGGGGGCAUGGUGGCGCAGCAAGGGCUGCUGCACGUGGGCGACAUCAUCAAGGAAGUGAACGGGCAGCCGGUGGGCAGCGACCCCCGCGCGCUGCAGGAGCUCCUGCGCAGCGCCAGCGGCAGCGUCAUCCUCAAGAUCCUGCCUAGCUACCAGGAGCCGCAUCUGCCCCGCCAGGUGUUUGUGAAAUGCCACUUCGACUACGACCCGGUGCGAGACAGCCUGAUCCCCUGCAAGGAAGCCGGCCUGCGCUUCAACGCUGGGGACCUGCUGCAGAUUGUGAACCAGGACGAUGCCAACUGGUGGCAGGCGUGCCACGUGGAAGGCGGCAGCGCUGGGCUCAUCCCCAGCCAGCUGCUGGAGGAGAAGCGGAAAGCAUUCGUGAAGCGAGACCUGGAGCUGACACCGACCUCAGGGACCCUGUGCGGCAGCCUUGCAGGAAAGAAAAAGAAGCGGAUGAUGUAUUUGACCACUAAGAAUGCAGAGUUCGACCGCCACGAGCUGCUCAUUUACGAGGAGGUGGCCCGCAUGCCCCCUUUCCGCCGGAAGACGCUGGUGUUGAUCGGGGCUCAGGGCGUGGGCCGGCGCAGCCUGAAGAACAAGCUCAUCAUGUGGGAUCCGGAUCGCUAUGGCACCACCGUGCCCUACACAUCCCGGAGGCCCAAGGACUCGGAGCGGGAAGGCCAGGGUUACAGCUUUGUGUCCCGGGGGGAGAUGGAGGCUGACAUUCGGGCCGGGCGCUACCUGGAACAUGGCGAGUACGAGGGCAACCUAUACGGCACGCGGAUCGACUCUAUCCGGGGUGUGGUCGCGGCCGGCAAGGUGUGCGUGCUGGACGUCAACCCCCAGGCUGUGAAGGUGCUGAGAACAGCCGAGUUUGUCCCUUAUGUGGUGUUUAUUGAGGCCCCCGACUAUGAGACCCUGCGGGCCAUGAACCGGGCAGCGCUGGAGAGCGGAGUGUCCACCAAGCAGCUCACGGAGGCGGACCUCAGGCGGACAGUGGAGGAGAGCAGCCGCAUCCAGAGGGGCUACGGCCACUACUUUGACCUCAGCCUGGUCAACAGCAACCUGGAGAGGACCUUCCGGGAGCUGCAGGCUGCCAUGGAGAAGCUGCGGACGGAGCCCCAGUGGGUGCCCGUCAGCUGGGUGUACUGAGCCUGUCCCGGGACCCGAACCCGUCCCCUGCCCCCCUGUGACUCCAGCCACCAUCCUCAGCCCCCGUCCCUGGCUCCCUGGCUUGCCCUGGGUAGCAGCCACCAGCGAGCCCUGAGGUCUGGCUCCAGCAGAGAGGCGAGCACUGCCAGGGAGGUGGGUGUUCAUGGGGCACCUCUGUGCCCAGGUGCUGCCCACUCCCGAUGUCCACUGGCUACCAGGUGUCCCUGUGCAAGGGCCCAGCCAUGCCCAGGGUGUGUCAGAGUCUCCACCUGCUCAGUGCAGAGAAGGGGAAAUGUGCUUUGGGACCACGUGGUCAGCAGGUGCACUGUCCCAGCCACCUCUUCCCAGGCGCCUUUCCUCCUCCGGACUGGCCACAGCCCCCAGGGCCUGUGCACUUCUCACCCCUGCCUCCCGGUGGAUGGGACGGGCUUUGGUCCUUAUUGGCCUGGACUGGGGGAACGGGCGGGACUGCUCUCAGCUCGGGGAGGGGCAGGCAGGGGCCAGGAGUGGAUGUGGCCUUGUCCCUCCUUCCUCCACAGCGUCUCACUGCCGAAGUCUCCCCUCAGACUUCUCCAGCGUGUCCCUGCUGGGUCAGCCCCACCCCUGGGGGGGAGGGCGAGGCUG